ACUACAAAUAAAAAUUAAUCUUUUAUGCUAUUGUUGCCUUAUCUUCUGUUUAUUCGUUAAGUUUAUAACUCUUACGUUACAAGCGUGUUAAAAGUUAGCAAUGAAUAAACGCAUUUUAAAAAUUUCACGUGCGGUUAACCUAAUAUCCUAAAUAUGAAUUGGUCUCAAAUAGUUAUUCGAGUUAUAAUUAAAUUUAAGUAAAAAAAACAUACUAUAAUGGAAAAGAAUAUUGGAAACGGAUUUAUAUCCAGUGAAUCUGAAGAGAGUAGUGCAUUUUUGACAAAUUGUGACACUCAUUUGGCGAGUCAAAUAUCCCCAGAUAUAAUAAGUAUAAAUGUCAAGGAAACGACAUGUGGAGUUUGGUGCCUUAAAGGAAUAUGUUUACAGAAAUUUGCCAAUAAAAAGGCAUACGUUAUUUUGUAUGGAUUAUUAGGUUGUAUAUUUUCUGCCUCAUUUGCUUAUUUUAAUGGAACUAUUACCACCCUAGAAAAAAGGUUUAGAAUACCCAGUAGAACAACAGGCAUCAUCUCAGUUGGUAAUGACCUGAGCCAGCUACUUAUGUCAGUAAUUCUAAGCUACUAUACUGGCCGUGGACACAGACCAAGAUGGAUGGCAUUAGGAAUGUACACAGUUGUUCUCUUUUGCAUCAUAACUGCUCUUCCUCACUUUUUAUAUGGACCUGGCAUGGAUGCUUUACUACUCACUGAAGAAUAUCGAAAUCAUAGCAACGCUACAAAAAACUUUUUGCUAGAAGAGCAAAAUAAAUUCUUGUGCAGUAGUGAAUCCAGAAGAGAUUCAGUAUGCGAGAAAGACACUAGAAACUUAUCCCCGACGCUUUUAUUAUUUGCUGCCCAGUUUAUAUCAGGAAUUGGUGGUUCUUUGUAUUAUACUUUAGGAGUCUCGUAUAUGGAUGAUAAUAUUAAAAGAUCAAAAACACCGGCGUUAUUUAGUUUUUCCUACUUCCUAAGAAUGCUGGGUCCUGCAAUUGGUCAUGGUUUAGCAUCGUUUUGCCUAAAACUUUACAUCUCACCCACACUUACACCAACCAUAGAUACCAAGGAUCCAAGAUGGCUAGGAGCCUGGUGGCUAGGAUGGAUUAUCUUAGCUGUAAUUUUAUUUGUGUUUGCUUCCCUUUUAGCUCUAUUUCCUAAAACCCUACCCAGAGCUGCAGUCAGAAAAGAGAUCAAACGACAAGCUUCAAGAAUAUCGAAUAAACCUAUGGAUGUUGAACCGGAAACCAUAACUUCAUUUAAAGAUAUGGUAAAAACUUUCCAGCGCCUAGCGUCAAAUCGUACACUAAUGCUUAACAAUUUUGCUGCAGUAUUCUAUUUUCUCGGCUACAUGCCAUACUGGAUUUUUCUCCCAAAAUACAUAGAAACUCAGUAUAGACAAACUGCGUCGGCAUCCAGUUUAAUCACUGGCAGCGCCGGACUGGUUUUUUCGGCAAUCGGAAUUUUACUUUCUGGAUUAAUUAUAUCUAAAUUUAAGCCACGAGCCAGGUACCUUGCAGCAUGGAACGUUAUUGUUGGUGCUAUAUCCGUUAUGGGAAUUAUGUCAUACGCUUAUUUGGGUUGUACCGAGAAUGAUAAUAAGACGCCAUUGCUACCAAAUGGAGAGCUGAAUCCGAUAUCAGAGUGCAAUUCAAACUGCCAUUGCAGCUACGUAAAAUACAAUCCAGUCUGUUCUUCUGAUGGAACAAAAACGUUUGUCUCAGCCUGUCAUGCCGGAUGCAAGAAAGUUGUUGAUAUAAAUGGAACCGAUCGUUUCACUCACUGCUCCUGUUUAAGAAAGGAAAAUAACACCGAGAGUUUUGGAUCUGACAUAGAAACCUUUGAAUUUAAUAUGGAAAAUGAUUACGUGAAAUCUGGGAGUUGCUAUGUGGACUGUUUUUCGCAGUUUUAUAUAUUCCUAUGCGUGUUAUGUUUGUUAAAGUUUAGCGGAGCUACUGGGAGAGCUUCAAAUUUUUUGGUUACUGUCAGGUGCGUUGAAGAAAGAGAUAAGUCAGUGGCUAUGGGCUUUGGACUGAUGCUGAUGAGUCUCUGUGCAUUUGUUCCUUCACCAAUACUAUUUGGAACUAUAAUGGAUAAAGCAUGUCUAGUGUGGGGGAAAACUUGCAAUGGUAAUGGAAACUGUUGGCUUUACAAUGGUGAGGCCUUACGAUAUUCCAUGAACUUUACUGCUGCAGGGUUUGUGCUUAUUGGCACUUUAUUUGAUGCAGCUGUCUGCUACUACGUUAAAGAUCUGCAGAUAUUUGAUGAAGAAUUUGAGCUUGAAGAAGAUAUACCGACACCAGUGACCUAGGGCUUAUGGGUGAAUAUUAAAAUGUACAAAGAAAAUUAAUUUAAAUGUAAAAUAGUUUAAUAAAAACAAUAAAUAAUAAAGAUAAA